CUCUAGCACAACAGCGCCACUUUUAAGCGGUCGUUAAUAUUGCUAACAAUAACACACCGCCGAAGUUGUUAGACAGUCGACAACGAACUCCAAAACAACACUGUAACGACGAUAGAGCCGUCGGUACAUGUAUAAGGUCAAAGAUGGUUCAAGACAGUGCUCAAAUUCGUCGGCAGGGUCCCCAGGACUUUAUGGCAUACUAUGAAUUUGCCUGUGCCAGACAGGAAUCUGUCCCACUUCCAGCAGUAAAGAUGAACCUUGAGAAAGGGAUUUUGGACUUUAGUGGAGACAGGGUCAAACUCACAGACUGGCCACCCAUUCUCAACUCUAUCUGCAUCAACAAGCACCUGCACCACAUUGCAAUAAGUAGCACAUACCAAGCAAGUCUGGGUUCUGGGGAAGCAGAUAGAAGCUAUUUAAAGUCUAACUUCAAGAAGAAGAUCCCAGCCAUUCGCUCUAAGGACAUGACAUUUAAGUUGUGCAAGGCCCUGAGAGAUUGUCUGGGUAUCUCUCCUAACCUCAAGACUCUGCAUCUUAAUGGACUUCCACUGAGAGAGAGGGACCUCAUCACCUUAACAAAGGGUUUGGCAAAAAGUGUUUCCCUGGAAAUCUUGUCCUUGGCUAACUGUCCAAUCGCUGAUGAAGGCUUAGAAGUCAUUUGCCAAAGUGUUAAGUAUUCCACAAGCAUUAGGACGGUAGAUUUCACAGGAUGCAAUCUCACCUGGAGAGGGGCGGAGCAUAUGGCAAACAUCAUCAAGCAUCAGGGAAUGCAGAGGCACGGUACUGCAUGGUCAGAGUCUCUGAGGUACAGACAGCCACAGUUUGAAGGAAUGAGAGGUCUCCGGCGAGUCACCUUAAACUGUAACACUUUGAUUGGGGACCGAGGCGCUGCUGCUCUGGCAAAAGAACUAGCCGAGGACCUCUGGGUAAAAGCUGUGGACCUACAGAGGUGUGGUCUGUCCAAUGAGGGAGCUCGUCGUUUGCUGGAAUCCUUGAAAACAAAUUCUUCUUGUGUUGUGGAUAUUCGAAGUAAUCCUUUAGUGGACAAAGUCCUCAUUAAAACUGUAAUCGAGAAAGUGCUGAUGAAUGCUGGACAGUCACAAGAGUACUGCUGGAUCAAGCCUGCAACCACAGAGCCACAGAGAGUGUCUUGUCCAAGGAGGCGUUCACUGCCAAUUACGGUCAGAAGAAAAGCUACAGUACGGAUUGACAAAACAUACUAUAUUUUACCCCUUCGUAAAGGAACGUCUGCUGGAGGACGCCAGUUCCGGCGUUACUCAGACACGCUCUCGCUAUUGGUAUGGUGCUGCUCUGCACGAGCUGAGCGCCAGAGAGGUAUGCCUCCUGGAGUUAGUGUGAUGGAUCAAAGCUUUCAGGGUGCAGCUACAGUGAAGGUUACUAUGGAGUCAAAUUCAGAGGAAGAAGAAGAAGAUGAAGAAGAAAUGGUCGAGCAGAAAACAUCUUCUCCUGGUCUCCGAGACAGACUUACUGGGCGGGAGUUUACAUGUGUGCAGAUGGAGCUAAAAGAGUGUCGCCUGAGGCUGGCAGAGGAGCGCAGGGCCAGGCUAAAAGCUGAGUCAAGGCUCAUGGAG